ACAAGAUUUUGCCCCAGCUUACGAACGUUGGAAUUGCAAUAUCCAGUGCUUCUCUAAUCAUAUCACUCGUAAUCAUGUUCGGUUUCAAAGAUUUAAGAAAUUCGGAAAGGUAUAAACUUUUGCGAAACUUGGUUAUAGCUCUACUUUGUGUCAACAGCUUCUAUUUGGUCCGCACACUACAAGUGUCGGGAAUCGCAUGCAGUUUUAUUGCCGCAUGUUUGCAUUACAGUCUCUUGGCAGCUUUCUCGUGGAUGGUGAUUAUAUCGACAGAUGUGUACAUGAAGAUUAAUCAUCCGUUUGCUGAUCACUCAAAGCGCUUCACUUACAGUCGGUUCAUUUGUUGGUUAGGAUCUGUCAUUGUAGUCGGGCCGACUGCUGGUAUAACAAAAGGAAACUAUGCAUCUGAUAAGUGUUGGUUGAAUGCUAAAUCUGGUUCCAUCUGGACUUUCAUUUUUCCCAUGUGCAUCUCCAAUCUGAUUGUUCUCGUGCAGUUGAUUGUAAUUGGAUAUGUAGCUUUCAAGAAGUCUCAACUACCAAACCAAACUGAAGAAGAAAUGCAAACGCUCAAACGGAUCAGAAAUAUGUUUCGUGGUAUAUUGUUCCUUGUACCAGCAGUUGGACUUUCAUGGAUUUUUGGUGGUAUCAUCGUUUUUUGCGACUGGCAAGCAAUGGAAUAUAUUUAUGUUAUCGUGAAUUCCAUGCAAGGGUUCUUGAUUCUGCUGUCGCAGUUCGUCUUCAGCAAUGAGGUGCGACAAUCAUUCAGAAAGAGAUUUGGCAAUCAGAUACAGCAAGAUAGUAGCAACGGUACCGAAAGUGUAGGUGCUUAAGUGAAUUUUUGUAAA